AUGAUGGAGUCAACUACAAAGGUUUGCAUGAACGCACAGUGCGGUGCUGCCUCGACGUCCGGCGAUUGGAAGAGAGGCUGGCCUAUGCGAUCCGGCCAAUUAGCCUCUCUCUGCGACAAGUGUGGGUCCGCUUAUGAACAAUCCAUAUUCUGCCAAGUGUUUCAUGCCGAGGAAUCUGGUUGGAGACAGUGUCAUUCCUGUGACAAGCGUCUUCACUGUGGAUGCAUCGCUUCCAGAUUGAUGAUGGAGCUUCUUGACAAUGGCACUGUUUCCUGUAUCACCUGCGCCAAGAAAUCCGGACUCGUUUCUAUGAAUGUCAGCCACGAAUACAAUGGGAAAUUUGAGAACGGUGGUAGGGACUUCCCCUCGCCAGAGCAUCAUCUAGGCCAUGUUCUUGACAGGACUAAUCUCAAGCACUUGCUUCACUUUCAAAGAAUCUCCCCCACUCAAUCUUUUCUCCACAUGAAACAAGAAGAUAAUUCCCUGCUUCCCGCCAGGCUUGAUGCUCUUCGCCACAAAACUGAAAACCACGAAUUUCACCCAAACUUGAGCAUUUCACUUGGACCUACGCUUAUGUCAAGCCCCUUUCAUGACGACGCUAGUAAGACUACUCCUAUCUUCCAACUGGCCCCUCGCUCCAGGCAACUUCUUCCAAAACCUGCAAACUCAGCUCCCACCGCUGCUGUCAUGGACCCUAAUGGGAGCCUCGUGUCACAGAUUCAUGUCGCUCGCCCUCCUCCUGAAGGUCGCGGGAAGACCCAAUUGCUUCCCCGUUAUUGGCCUAGGAUUACUGACCAGGAGCUGCAACAAUUAUCUGGACAGUUUCCUCACCUCUCAAAUUCCAAAAUCAUUCCACUCUUUGAAAAAGUUCUGAGUGCAAGUGAUGCGGGUCGUAUCGGUCGUCUGGUUCUCCCUAAAGCAUGUGCAGAGGCAUAUUUCCCCCCUAUCUCUCAACCCGAGGGCCUCCCGUUAAAGAUACAAGACAUCAAAGGGAAAGAAUGGGUGUUCCAGUUCAGGUUUUGGCCUAAUAAUAACAGCAGGAUGUAUGUUCUGGAGGGUGUGACUCCUUGCAUACAGUCAAUGCAGUUGCAAGCUGGUGACACUGUAACGUUCAGCCGAACAGAACCUGAAGGAAAGCUGGUUAUGGGAUAUCGUAAAGCAACAAACUCUACAGCAGCGCAGAUGUUCAAGGGAAGCAGUGAACCCAAUCUGAACAUGUUUUCCAACAACUUGAAUGCGGGAUGUGGUGACAUCAACUGGUCCAAACUUGAGAAGUCUGAGGACAUGGCAAAGGAUAACUUAUUGCUUCAGUCGUCACUAAUUCCUGCUAGGAAACGGGCUAGGAACAUUGGGAGUAAGAGCAAGCGACUGCUCAUUGAUAGCGUAGAUGUUCUAGAACUGAGGCUUACUUGGGAGGAGGCACAGGAACUGCUGCGGCCGCCCCCAUCCGCCAAACCGAGCAUCUUUACGGUGGAAGAUCAUGAUUUUGAAGAAUAUGAUGAACCACCAGUUUUCGGGAAGAGGACCGUUUUUGUGUCACGACAAACAGGGGAACAAGAGCAAUGGGUGCAGUGUGAUGCUUGUGGGAAAUGGCGACGGCUGCCUGUGGAUACUCUUCUUCCACCAAAGUGGUUGUGCUCCGAUAAUCUCUUGGAUCCUGACAGGUCUUCAUGUUCUGCACCUGAUGAGCUCUCCCCAAGAGAACAUGAUGCACUUGUCCGGCUGAGCAAAGAGUUCAAAAGGAGGAGACUGGCAUCAUCAAACGAAAAGCUAAACCAGGAGCAGGAAGCAUCUGCUCUGAAUACUUUAGCAAACACGGCGAUCACCACCACGGGUGGAGAAGGGGAUACCGUGGUAGCAGCGACGACNAAGCACCCAAGACACAGGGCAGGGUGUUCUUGCAUCGUCUGCAGCCAGCCACCGAGCGGUAAAGGGAAACACAAGCCGUCAUGCACUUGCACGGUGUGUGAGGCAGUGAAGAGGCGGUUCAAGACGCUCAUGAUGCGGAAGCGGAACAGGGGAGAGGCAGGGCAGGCGAGCCAGCAAACGCAGUCAGAGUGCAGAGACGAGACAGAAGUGGAGAGCAUCCCACUGGUUGAGCCAGCCGCAGAAGGAAACAUUGACUUAAACUCAGACCCGGGGGCUUCCCGAGUGAGCAUGAUGAGCCUUCUUCAAGCUGCAACCUUUCCUCUGGAGGCAUAUCUGAAGCAGAAGGCUGUUUCCAAUACAGCAACACCCCCGGCAGCAGCAGCGGAACAGCAAAGCAAUGAUAUGGUAAGCACAGAGCACGGUUCGUCCUCGGCCGCGCAAGAACAAGAGAGAGAGACACAAGUGGAGCUCCUGAGCCCCUGA